AUGCUCGAAUUCGCAUUCGUAUUCUCGCAGGUGCACGUAGAUUUUCGACGGGCCGAACUCGAAAGUGUUUGCGCUCUCUACGGGAUCCAGUGCAAUAUCGCAUCGCUUUCCACUGAUCAUGAACGGCAUGUCUUCCUUGUGCACUUUCCAUCGGUGGAAUGUGUUGCGAAAAUUUUAUCGCGAACGGUUCUGGUGAAAUUUGCAAUUGAAUUGUUUGCUGUUUCGGUGGACUACGAUGGCCUGUGUGCAGCAAUUCGAGCCAAAAGGCAGCAGUUAGCACGGGUAAGGUCUUUUCUGGCAAACUCUUCUAUAGUCCCAUCUGAAUGGGCCUUUCUUCCCUCUCUUUUACUAGAUUUUUGGCUUAAUACUUGGAAUGAAAAGUAA